UCUAAGAUGGCGACUGUGGAACCGGAAACCACCCCUACUCCUAAUCCCCCGCCUACAGAAGAAGAGAAAACAGAAACUAACCAGGAGGUUGCUAACCCAGAACAUUAUAUUAAACAUCCAUUACAGAACAGAUGGGCACUCUGGUUUUUUAAAAAUGAUAAAAGCAAAACUUGGCAAGCAAACCUUCAGCUGAUCUCUGAGUUUGAUACUGUUGAAGACUUUUGGGCUCUGUACAACCAUAUCCAGUUGUCUAGUAAUUUAAUGCCUGGCUGUGACUACUCACUCUUCAAGGAUGGUAUUAAACCUAUGUGGGAAGAUGAGAAAAACAAAGGAGGAGGAAGAUGGCUAAUUACAUUAAACAAACAGCAGAGACGAAGUGACCUCGGUCGCUUUUGGCUAGAGACACUGCUGUGCCUUAUUGAAGAAUCUUUUGAUGACUACAGCAAUGAUGUAUAUGGAGCUGUUGUUAAUGUUAGAGCUAAAGGUGAUAAGAUAGCAAUAUGGACUACUGAAUGUGAAAACAGAGACGCUGUUACACAUAUAGGGAGGGUAUACAAGGAAAGGUUAGGACUUCCUCCAAAGAUAGUGAUUGGUUAUCAGUCCCACAGCUACUAA